CAUAUUUAGGUAAACAUUCUACAGCUGUGUGUGUUAACGAGAGAUAAUACACACGGAAACAGAAUGGCUGCUGUUGGAGGAAGGUCUUGCCGAUUAUUACGAGAGGUCCAUAAUGCCAUAUCGAGAGUCUGCUCGAUUCAUACAGCCUCUAUUUACGAUGGAACAGUCGAGGACAUCAAACCUUUCGGUGACAUUCCUGGGCCAGGAGGUAUAUACAGGGUACCGUACCUAGGAACAAUGCUGCAAUUUAAACCAUUCACUGACAUCUGUACUAGAGACGUAGAGAGCCUGCUACGUGCGUUUCGUGACAAAUAUGGGGAUAUUUCGAGAUUCCGGAUGGGCAGCGACUACUGCGUGUGUCUUUCAUCGCCCGAACUUUGUCAACAGGCUUUGUCAGUCACUCCGAAGCUUCCAGACAGGUUAUUUAGCUUCCCCAUAUGUCAGGCGUUUUACGACAGAACAGGUGAACAAAGAGGGCUUUUGCUGCUGAAUGGCGAAGACUGGGCCCGUGUUCGGAAGCCUACCCAGAAAUUGACAAAUCGACCCACAAGUCUGGAACCAUACCUACCAAAACUUGGCGACGUGGCCGACGAUUAUGUGAGCAAACUUAGCCAGUCUUUAUUGAUUGAGGACGUGCAACACUCAUUAUACCGUUUCACCACUGAAAGUGUCGGUAUGCUUUGUUUCAACAAACGCCUGGGAUGCCUUGAUGGUGGGCACAAGUUCGAUACUAUCAUUGAAGGUCUUGACAUUUUCGUGGAAGCUAUCGAAAAGGACCUGAAAACUGUAGUAAGGCCGCACAAAUUCCUUGGGUUGAGGACGCCAUUUUACAAACGAUUUGAAGAGACAUUUCUGGCGCUGAGAAAUCUUUGUAAAGAAUACGUCUCCGAGAUCAUUGUGGAGUAUUGUCGUUUGGAAGAGGAGGGACAACUAGAGGAACACAUGGAAAAAUAUCCCAACAUGGUGUUUACUCUUCUACAGGAUGGUAGACUUGACGAAGGCACCGUCACUACCACUGUAACGGAUAUGUUUAUCGCGGGAGUAGAUUCUGCAGCGAAGACUUUAAGUCUUGUUCUACAGAAUCUGGCCAUUAAUCCUGAGAAACAGGAGAAACUGUACGAGGAACUCCAUGCAGCGGGGCUGAGUCCAGGUGAACCACUCACCAAUACUCUUCUGUCCUCACUGCCCUACCUUAAAGCCUGCAUCAAGGAAUCCAUGCGGCUUCACUACCCGUCCUCUGGAGGAAUAUUGAGGAAUCUGACACAAGACAUGAACAUUGGAGGAUACCACAUCCCUAAAAAAACAAACGUGUUAAUAGCCAAUGCUGUUAUGGUGAAGGAUGCCCGUUACUUUGACGACCCUGACCAGUUUCUGCCUGAGCGUUGGCUUCGUACAGACACAUCGACAUCUCAAGUGGUCAAAGCGUUCUCCAAUCUUCCAUUUGGACACGGAAACAGAAACUGUGCAGGGAGACGAUUUGCUGAGAGAGAGAUGCAAAUUGGCGUAGCAAAGCUCAUCCAAGCCUUCCGAAUCAGCCUACCUCCAGGCUGUCCGACUGUCACUCACGACUACAAGACGUUUGCGGCUCCAAAAGGUAAACUGACCCUCAAAUUGGAAGCCCGGGAGUGAUAGAAAUACCGAACAUCUACGUCCUGUGUCACUUGGACGAAUUUAGGCACUGGAUACUGCUGACUAGAAAACAAUGAACAUAAGAAAUCGCGUUUGGAGACUUUGUAUAGUAGGACUGAGUUAGAAACUCGAGCCUGUUUUCUAAAGGUAAUACCUGUUCAGGCUUAGUGGAGCAUCUGAUGAAAAAUUCAGAGCUCAAAGACUUUGGUUUAUUUGCAACUUAGUCAUGUGUUACUGAAAGCAGAAGAUAGGUAUACUUAAGUUUACAAUCUGAUACGGUACGAAUAUUAAUAUACCAUAUUUAUUUAUAUCAUAACACCAUAUAUGUCAUACAAUGUAUAAGUAUACGUAUCGAAGGUUGAUUCAUGAACAUACAUGAAUGUUUUAUUACGUGGCAUAAAGGAAUAUUGGUCACCUUAUUGCGUACCCGGAUGUACAUAGAUAGGUUAUGGUCAGAUAUGUCCCCGUGUAUAUUUUUGUAGUAGGUACCGACAUCCCCGAGCGGAAACAACACAUACUUUAGACAUUUAAUAUCCAACAGGAAAUAGAAACUUAAACGAUUAAAUAAAUAUGUUGUUUCGAUUUCAGAAUUCAGCUUUCAGUAUAAUCGACGCAUGUUUUUUUUUUUAUUUGUAUCUACGUUCAAUGUUAAAACGUAAUUUCCUUAUUGAAUGCAUCAAGCUAUCAGUAACUGAUACGAUUUGAUCGGUGUACAUUUUAAUGGUCCUGGAAAAAUAUCUCCAAAUCAAUACCGGUGUUAUCGAUUUUAUUUCAAUGUUGUAUACACGAGUCAAUUGAGCAAUCCCUCAUUCCUCAAAGUUGGCCUUAAUUUAAACAAUAUAUCAAAAUUAUAAGAUGAUAUUAACGAAAGUACCUAACAUCAUUUGUGGUCCCUCGGGUUCCUUCGGGAUCCCUCGGAGUCCUUGCUGAGUUUGUGUACAUAGUACUAAGCGUGUUAUCAGAUAUGUAGUAAACGUAGGAACCAACCUCGGCUCCAUUGUAUA